AUGAAGCGCACCACCAACACCCUCGGCCUCCUAGCCCUCGUGUCCACCGCCUUAGCAGCCGAAACCCACAUCACGGCUGCAGAAUGGGCAGUUCCUACCCAGACCAACGACCCCUACCAAUGCGCCACGCGCGACAUCCCCCACUACCUAACCGCCGGCCCCUCUCCCUCGGGCGCUCUCUCCUCGGCGCUCCUCUCCUACGAAGAAAACCUGUACGAAACAUGUACACGCGCCACAUCCGGGCCCUUCCAGCCCUGCCCGGUCCCGCCUCGAAGCCAGCUCUGCGCCUUUUCCACCGCUGUCCCGACGUCGCUGCUACCAGCGUACUCGUCGUAUGCCAGUUCGGCUGCGUCGUGGUGGAGUGCGGGGAAUGGGGAUGUGGUGGUCAGUUUGGUGCAGGAGUGUCCGUAUCUGUGGUAUGACAGCCUGUUGAUGAAUCCCGCGAGCGGGAGUAAUCUGAAUCGGACGGUUGCGCAUGCGCAGUGUUGGGCUGAGGCGCACCCGACGGGUUCCGAGUCCGGAGGGUUGACAACGUUGUCGGCUACCGGCACAAGCACAGCCUCGCAGGCGGGUGUAGCGGGCUCGACGGCUACGCCGACGGGGAAUGGUGGGGUUAGGGGUAGGACGGGCGUAGGGGAUGGUUCAAGUUGGAUGAUGGCUGGGUCAGGUAUGGGGAUGGCUGCUGCUAUGAAUGUCGGUUUGUUGUAA